AUGGCUGAACCCGAAAGUUCUCCGUUCCUCACGGAAAUGGAGAGUGCGCCAUUUCAGCUUGAAGAGAAACCAGGCCUUGCUCGACCAUCCAUAAGAUCUCGCAUUGUUCAAAUAUGCGCACCAUUCAAAUUCUCAAUUAUCUUGCUAUCAUUAUUUUUUUACACGGGUGUGGUAAUCAUCGCUGCGCGGAGUAGCUCCGUUACCUGUGUGAAUGAACGAACCUGGUCGCCGGCGCUCGAAGCAUUGGAAUGGGAGAACAGACACCUCGGUGCAUAUAUACAAUAUGGAAAUUAUACCGGAGAGCCAUCACAGCAUGUGGAUGCUUCUUGGAACAGCUUGUUGCAAGGGAUGAGCAUUAAGAUACUUCCCGAAGAACUUAAGAGAAUAGGUACAGCAUCUCUUGAGCUGCGUGAUGGCUCAGGAUAUAUGGGCUCACUGGCAGUCUUUCAUGAACUUCAUUGUGUGAAAGUUCUACGUCAAGGUCUUUAUAAAGACUUCUACUGGCGCAACUCAACUGAGCGCGAACUAGUUCUGAAACAUGAACAUAUGGAGCACUGCUUAGAGGUGAUUAGACUUUCAACGAUGUGUCGAGGUGAUAUCAGCGUGAUACCUUCUGUCUGGGAGUAUGAUAAUCGUGAAGGGGGUUCAGGUGCGCUUCUUGGGCCUUCAAUUCGUGAUGGUAGAGCCUUACACAGAUGUGUGAAGUGGGACAGGUUGCAGAGCUGGGCUAAGUCACGCCGCUUAGAUCUAUCGGAUUCCACCUUACUGCUUCCUGACUCGGAAUACUCAUGA